UGAAACCGCCGAUUACUGUCAUCCAGCGUAAGAACUACCGCUUCACCGGCUCAAAAGAUAAGAAGGGGAAGAAUAAGCAACUUCUCAGCGCUGCUCAGUCCCAGAAUUUGAGUCGAGAAAAGGAGAUUGCGUUGUUUUCAUCACUGUUUGGCACAUUCAAGCCUUCUUGUAAUCGUUGA